AAAUGUUAGCACACUAAUAAACCAAAGGGCAAAAAAUGCAUAUUAUAAUUAGUAAGAAAUGUCUUGUGAUGCUUACGAACCUGGCAUACAAGACCAAUAUUGCAGUCCUGGCCUGCCAAAUGUAAAGCGUUGAAAAGACCGCCUGGGCAAUUUUCUCGCAAAAAAUUAAAAGUUCUAACAAUAAGUCCUUUUAGUAAGAGAAGCAAAUCGUUUGUCCGUGUACCCUGAAGAGUGAAGACCCUACUUGAACCUUCUCAGGAUCCCAUUUUAGAUCCCAUAAGGUCAGAUCGCUGUUGAUCCCAUGAAGAAACUCCAAUCUAAAACCAUCGUAAGAAUCCAAAAUCAGAUCAAGCAAGCGGUAGAUAUAUAGAAUCCAAUGUGAUUCAAAUCAUUAUUCUGCUUUCAAAGAAGGACCCAACUCCACAAUAACGUUGAAGGAUGUGGGAAGAAGAAUAAAAAGGUUAGAUUUUCUCCCUCUCUGUGGACUCUUUCUCACUCCUCUUUUUAUUAGACCGUUGUCAAAGCAAGCCCUCCCAAAAUCAACUACAAAAGCAAGUAGGAAGGAACAAAGAAAACAGAGAACCAAGAAACUGGCCCAUCUCUCAAAUCCAUCAAAUAUGGGGGAAGAAAACUACACUCUCCAAUCUCUCUUCCAUGCUCUCGACCCCAUGUCCCUAAUCCUUUCUCACAAUUCCUUGGACUCUGACCAACCGGUCCCUUUGAAACUCACCACAGAUAGUUACAUCAUGGAGAGAGGACCAAGAUACAGAGCAUAUGCAGAGCUGCGAGAAUCUAAGCUGAGAAUGAAGAUCUUAAGGCAACAAGAAAGAGACGAAAGUGAUUUCAAACAAAUUCCAGCAAAGAAACAAGUCAAAUUUCAACCCAAUUUGACUAGUUCAAGAAAAGGGUCUUCUGUUUUGGCCCAGUCAGUGCCUGAUUUCUCUUGUGAGUUAAGAAAAGAGAAUAGAAAACCGCCGGCAGAGUUGACUCCUCCAUCGAAGAAAUGGUCCAAGGUAAAUGGGAUUUUGUCGAAUUCCAGAGGAAGUAAGUCAGCAAGUGCUGGAGAGAAAAGGAAUGGAAAUGGAGGACUAAUGGCGAGAAAGAGCUAUGCAAGUGUGGAAGAAUUGAAGGGAUUGUCAAUGGCUGCAGCCACUGCUAUAAAUGGCGAAAACAGGGGAGGAAGAGGUAGCAGAGGAAUUGGCAAGACAGUGCUGGGUCACAGGCAAUUUUGAUUUUGAUUCCAUGGUAAUUUCAUAUAUGAUGCGAGAGAUCGGUUAUGUUUUAUUAUUUUUUUUCUUUCUCUUGGGUUGUUUAAUUGGAUUUGCUGUUCCUGUUGCUGCUACGAUUCUUUGGUUAGCUGAGAGUAUGAUGGAUUGUGGAUUGUAAGAUUGUAAAGAUAUGGAUGUAAUCAUAUUUAACAUAUGAUUUAGAGGCAUUUUAUGAUAA